AUGCUACAUUUAAAAGUGCAGUUUUUGGAUGAUUCCCAGAAGAUUUUUGUGGUUGAUCAAAAGUCCUCUGGGAAAGCACUGUUUAACCUGAGUUGCAGCCACCUCAAUCUUGCUGAGAAGGAAUAUUUUGGAUUAGAAUUCUGCAGUCAUUCUGGAAAUAAUGUUUGGUUGGAACUUCUGAAGCCCAUAACAAAACAAGUAAAAAAUCCUAAGGAAGUUGUUUUCAAGUUUAUGGUGAAAUUUUUCCCAGUGGACCCUGGACAUCUUCGAGAAGAGCUUACAAGGUAUCUUUUUACUCUUCAAAUAAAGAAGGAUUUGGCUCUGGAAAGGCUCCCAUGCAGUGACAACUGCACAGCAUUGAUGGUGUCUCACAUCUUACAAUCAGAACUGGGAGACUUUCAUGAAGAAACAGUUAGGAAGCAUCUGGCACAAACUCGGUACUUACCAAACCAAGACUGUUUAGAGAGCAAGAUCAUUCACUUUCAUCAGCAACACUCUGGCAGGAGCCCAGCCGAAUCAGACAUCCUGCUACUGGACAUAGCCAGAAAACUGGAUAUGUAUGGCAUCCGACCUCAGCCUGCCAGUGAUGGUGAAGGGAUGCAGAUUCACCUGGCUGUUGCUCACAUGGGAGUACUGGUGUUACGGGGAAAUACAAAGAUUAAUACUUUCAACUGGGCUAAAAUCCGUAAGUUGAGUUUUAAGCGAAAACAUUUCCUCAUCAAACUUCAUGCCAAUAUUUUGGUGUUGUGCAAGGAUACGUUGGAGUUCACCAUGGCCAGCCGAGAUGCCUGUAAGGCUUUCUGGAAGUCUUGUGUGGAGUAUCAUGCUUUCUUCAGACUUUCAGAAGAGCCAAAAUCAAAGCCCAAAACUCUCCUCUGCAGCAAGGGCUCUAGUUUCCGUUAUAGUGGAAGAACCCAAAGGCAACUUCUGGAAUAUGGGAAAAAAGGAAGGUUGAAGAGCUUGCCAUUUGAAAGGAAACAUUACCCAUCUCAGUACCAUGAACGACAGUGCAGGUCAUCGCCAGAUAUUCUCUCUGAUGUGUCAAAACAAGUGGACGAUUUGAGACUGGCUUAUGGCAGCGGGUACUACCGAAAUGUGAAUGGUGUGCAUGCAUCUGAGCCCCUGUUAGAUAGCAGGAGGAGGAACUCUGCAGUGGAGGUGACCUUUGCAGCUGAGCUAGAACAUUCCAAACCAGAGGCAGACCCCACAUCAUUACACCAAUCCCAAAGCAGUUCCUCUUUCUCCUUUAUUUAUUCAGACUCUGUCUUUAGCACUGACCCUGAACCUGAUCCCAGAGACUUCUUUGAGGAGAGGACUCCUCUAAGCUCCUUCCAAACAAGUUCUAAGUUUGCUGACAAUCACAUAAACAUAUCCUCAGGCCUCACAAGCAAAGUGAGUCCAGCAAGGCAGCUAAUGUACACAGAUGUGCCCUAUGUUCCUUAUACUACGCAGCAGGUUGAUAUUAUGCCUCCCCAAGUCUUUUUUUAUGUGGACAAACCACCCCAGGUGCCCAGGAGGUCUCCAAUCAUGGCAGAUGAAAGGGUAAGACCAGAUAGCUAUAGAGAACCCACUGCAAUAAAGCCAGCCAAAAGAAGCCCAAGGAAUAUCAGAAUGAAGAACAUUCAGCAAGAUCUUCAAGAACUCCAAGAAGCUAUGGCCAGGACUAGUGGUAGGGGCAAUAUCAAUGUAGAUCUAGAAGAGGAAGACCCCAAUUUAGAAGAUGCGUUUGCAUAUAACAUUCAAGAGCAAACCCCUAAACGGUCCCAGAGUCAAUCAGACAUGAAAAUGAUUCGUUUUCCUUUUGGAUCAGAAUUUAGACCUUUAGGGCCAUGUCCUGCUCUGACUCGUAAAGCAGACCUGUUCCCGUGUAUGUUUGCAGAACAGGAGUUCCCAGCAGUUGUGGUGGAUCAGACUUCAGCAGAGAGGUAUAUAGCUAGCGAGUCCAGUGAUUCAGAAUCAGAGAUUCUUAAGCAAGACUACUACUCUUUGUAUGGUAAAGGAACAAAGUCACCUAUGGCCAGGAUUCGCUUGUCUUCUGGUAGUCUACAACUAGAUGAGGAAGAUGAAGGUGUUUCUUUCACCACCUCAGCUACUGAAGACAGGACUCUGCUAAAACCAUGCAAUUAUUUCUUAGCUUAAAAAAUAUCAACUCGAUGACCAUUUCUAGGCCCGACUUAGGUAAGAAAUAAACUUUUUAAUCAGCCAUUUUCUUAGUCACAUUUAAUUUGACAUUAAGGGAAUCUUCUAAUUGUGACCACCUAAUGUAUGGAAGAUCCAGCUGUUGCCUCACUCCUGGAGCUUUUCUCUUUAAUUUCCUCUCAACAUCUGGAACAAGCUUUCUCUGGGAAUUGUGGUAGGCUGAAGGGAGUAUUAUGCACUUCUUCAUACAAACAUAAAUGAAAGACAUACUCUUCAACACUGAAAAACGGGGAGAACGUGGGUGGGCA